AUGGUGGACGCGACAGCAGGGACAAGCAAAAGCGGAGAGAAGCAUCAGGAAGGUUAUCUGCGCACGCACCUCGGUGAGGUGGAGAAGCUGCAGACAAGCGGAACUAAGGCAACGUUACCCCAGACACAAUCGUACAUCAAAGCGGACAGUCGCAAACCCUGUCGAAUUUGCCAACGAACAGAUCAUCGAAUUCGAUACUGCGACGAAUUUGGCAAGCUUACGUGGGAUCAACGAAUGAAGGAAGUCAGCAAGUGGAAGUUGUGCAAUAUUUGCCUAAACGAUCACGGGCUAGCACGGUGCCGUUUCAAGACAAAAUGCAACAUUGGUACCUGCCAGGAACGUCACCAUCCCUUGCUUCAUCCACCCCAAAAUCAGCGUCAAGCGACCCCAUUAACAACGGAUUGCAACGUCCAUGAUCUACAGUCAAAUCAACCGGUAAUUUUUCGCAUGGUACCAGUCAGGCUAUCUAACGGCGAGCGUGGAAAAGAAGUGGCUGAGCAGAUCAAGUUGGAAGGAGUACCGCAGCCGAUGUUGGUGAAGUGGACUGCCGGUAUAACAAGAAUGGAACGAGACUCGAGAUGUGUCCACCUGUCAAUAUCGGGAUGCAACUCGACAAAACAGUUCACACUGAGAAACGUGCAAACCGUUGAUCAACUAAAACUUCCCAAGCAGACCUUGGACUACAGCGCAGUUGCUGCCAAGUACAGUCAUCUGAAGGAUCUCCCGGUUGCAGAUUAUCGCUGUGGUUCACCGAAAAUACUUAUUGGACUGAAACAUCUACACGUGUACGCGCCUUUGGAGUCUCGUGUCGGAAACCCAGGUGAUCCAAUUGCCGUACGCACACAACUCGGCUGGACAGUGUAUGGUCCCAAGCAACAAACUGACCAGACGGCUGGGUUCUUCGGUCAUCAUGACGUGCAGCAUACUGCUGAUUUGGAACUUCACGAAUUACUUCACAACUUCUUCACGCUUGAGGAAUCUGGUAUAUCUGUGACCCCGCUUCCAGAAUCAAAUGAGGAUCGGCGUGCUCGAGAAUUGCUGGAGAAAACUACCGUCCGAAAGGGAGAUCGUUACGAAACCGGUCUCUUGUGGAAAGAAAAUCAUACGCAACUGCCAGACAGCUACCCCAUGGCGGUCAAACGAAUGGAAUGCCUGGAAAAGAAACUAAUCAGAAACCCGGAGUUGCAAGACAAAGUGUCCAAGCUUAUUGAGCAAUAUUUAGAAAAGGGAUAUGCCCACAAAAUCACGGCUCAAGAUCUAGAGGAUGCAGUACCAGGCAGAACGUGGUACCUUCCAUUAAAUGUGGUUCUGAAUCCGAAGAAACCAGGCAAAAUUCGCCUUGUCUGGGAUGCGGCAGCAGCGGUUCAAGGCACGUCACUAAACUCGACAUUGCUUAAAGGCCCGGACCUACUAGUGAAUCUUCCUGUUGUGCUUUACCAUUUUCGCGAGCGGCCAAUCGCCUUUGGAGGUGAUAUCGCGGAGAUGUAUCACCAGAUCCUGAUCAAACGAAGUGAUAAGCAAGCGCAGCGGUUCUUGUACCGCGACGAUCCCUCUUGUCCUCCCCAAACCUAUGUGAUGGACAGAGCAACAUUCGGCUCAACGUCUUCGCCGUGCUCUGCGCAGCACGUAAAAAACAAGAAUGCGCAAAUGUUCGCCGACCAGUUUCCGGAAGCGGUACAAGCGAUCGUCGACAAACAUUAUGUCGACGAUUAUUUAGAUAGCACCGACACCAUCGAUGAGGCAGUAAAACGCGCACUCGAAAUGUUUUUGGAAAAACUGGGUGAGCCCAGAAAAGAGCAACUGGUCCGAUUCACAUAUAAUAAAACUACCACCACUGAGCGGAUUCUCGGGGUCUCUUGGGACCCCGUUGAAGAUGUGUUCGUUUUCUCGGCCAAGCUGCGCGAAGAUUUGGAACCAUUCAUUACUGGAACUCAGCGACCAUCGAAGCGCCAGGUCGCCAGCUGUAUCAUGAGUUUUUUCGACCCACACGGCUACUUGGCCCCAAUUACUAUUCACAGAAAAAAUCUGCUUCAAGAUUUUUGGCGUAUUGGUCGCACCUGGGAUGAGAAAAUUACUGAUGAAGCUGCCACGAAGUGGAAUCGUUGGACAACUGCUAUGCCCGCUGUUGAAUCCCUUAAAAUUCCUCGCUGUUACUUUUCGUCGGCAAGGCCGAUGGAUCGUGACGGCUUACAACUGCAUAUUUUUGCAGAUGCAAGCGAAAACGCCUAUGGCUGUGUGGCCUACUUUCGAACGGUGAUCGAAGGUCUACCCAAGAAUGCAUUAGUUGCCGCUAAGACAAAAGUGGCGCCGUUGCAACAUGAGUCCAUCCCCAGACUGGAACUAAAUGCGGCGGAACUAGCUUUCAGUUACGAUCAAAGCUGGCCACUCUAUUCCCAUCACAAAAACUGUUUUCUGGAUUGA